UUGGUCUUCCUUUUUUAAUUUUCAACGUUAUUUUAGACGAUUUCAAACAAAAUUCGCUUUAUCAACUGAUUGAUCAAAAAAUUCUGACAAAACUGAGCUAAGUUGUAUAUUUAAUAAUUAAACAACAAAUUUUUCACGAUAUCUAAAAAUAAAAAAAAUAGCAGAACUGACAGUAACCCCAAAAUGUCUCCCAUAAAGAAACAUCGGAACAUAUCAAAUCAUCAAGAAAUGGAGCAUCGUCGUCGCAAACCUAAUAUUCCCGAGUUAGUCUACAAGUUCCUUAUUGCGAAUGAAGCUUUUGAUGGUAAUGAACAUUGUCUUGUAAACAAGUGCCGUUGUUGCGAUCAAGGGAAACAUCAUAAAGUCAUAGACUCUAUUUCAACCUCAACCAUCGGCAAGAGCAUAGACUACAGAGUAAGGCAAAGAUGGCACAAAGACAUUGGCAGGAUUUCAAAAUUGUACAAUGUCAAUCAAUGUCCUAUUUCCAAGAAUCAGCCAAUCUCAUAUUUACAAAAAUGCAUGGAUAGAAAAACUACGAAAGAGGCAACAAAGUAUAUGAAAAAGGCGUUGAAUUUUGGUGUCGAGUCCGGUUACCUUAUCCCUUCUAAUUCUACUUAUAGAAUUCUAUGCGUGUCCUCGGACUUAAUGAAAAGUGAUUCGCGAAGAAACAAUAUCAGCAUUUGCGAUAUGAUUCUCUGUAAGAAUCGUGAUAUUCCGACGAGACUCAAAGAUUCCCAAAAGCAAAAGAGGAGACAAACAAGACAAGGAAGAUAUAGACGAGAUCAAAGAUUGAGAAGCGCUUCGAGGACACGCCAUAAAAGCAGAAUGAGGAAGAAGAGAAGGAGCAGAUCUUGUAGUAGAAGACGUAGAAGAUACAGCAGCCCGCAGAAUACUGAAGAGGUUACCGAUGAUGAGGCAGACGAUUACGAGAUGAAUGAGAACGAUCCAAAGAGCAAUAUUCACACGGAUGACGUAGAAAAGAAAUCAAAGACCAUUCGAUUGAAUCAAGGUAACGAGGAACAAUCCACGAAGAAAGUUAAAGAAGAUGGUUCAGAUUUAUCGAUCGACGAGAAUGAAAUUAAUCAUGAAAAUGAGGAAAAAAAUAUUGACAUUACCAAAUCAUAGCUUCUCAAAGUUUUUUUUUUGAACAUAAUUGCAAUUUAGUAAAGAAUUAGAGAACAAUCGGAAUUUCAAAAAUUAAACUUAAAAUUCAGAGAUGAG